AUAAAGUAGGUAUAAAUAAGUGUGCAGGCUGCCACAUACACGAGUAUUGUCAUCUUUUUGAAGACAUGUACUUAAAACUUGUAUUCGCUUCUGUUGGUCUUAUGUGUCUAGCUGUUACCUCAGUUAGAUCCGCAAACGACUGCUAUCGUUGCUAUGCUAACGACAAGGAUCCUCAAGCCACCCUCAACUGUCGUCACUUUGAUAAUAUUACCAAAAGUGAGCGCUGUGUAGGAUAUUGCAUGUUUACUUAUGGAACUUUUACAGAAAAUGGGGUCCUUCUAGGUGUAGCGCAGAGAUAUUGUUCUGUAUUUAAUUGUGAACACCACCAGGCUAAUGACAAAUCAAUAAAAUACUGUACGUCUUGCGGAAGCAACUUAUGCAAUACUGACAAAUAUUGAUCAAUAUGCCUCUGUAGGGAUUACUUAUAGGUAUACAUUUUUGUGUGUACUAUUAUCACUAAUUACGUAAUUGUUCAAUCUUCUUUAAUGUAUUUGUUCUUUUUUCUUUGAAAUUAUCCUCUAUACUGCAAAAUGAAAUAAUCAUGUUUAAUAUACGUAUUUAAAGCAACAACCAUUGGAACCUUAUUCCGUCAUCGUCAACAUAAUUCUUGACUUCUCAGAGAUAUAUUAUAGAUAUGUGCUCUGGCUGAUAACAAGGAGAAAUGUUUUUGUAAUUUAGGGCAAUAUGAGUCGUUAAUAAAUGUGAGUCCCAUGUAUUCCACAAGAAUUUCCAGUUACAACGCCGAGACAGUUUCCAGACAGCUGAUUCUUUACUUCGCAGCAUUGGGUCAAAGAACACUUUAGUUGACGUUAAUGAUGCAGGUAAAGGUGGGUUAUCGAUACAGGAUAAACAGAAAGCGGCAUGAAAUGAAUAACUCGAAAGCGAUGAACGGUUUUAAGUUUUCAGGAUUUAAACAGGUAUGGAAAUCAGGUUGUCAGGUCAACAAGUGACAGGAAGAAGUGUUCUGUGAAGCAGAAGGAUUAUGUAGUUAGUUUUUAAGACAACGUCCACACGCUCUAUGAAUAAAAUAACGUACACAUUGUUACCUUAUAUGCAUAAAAUAAUAAAUCAAAUCACAAAUGAA